AUGGCGAAUGAUAUCCAUGUCAAUUACAGUAGCAAUAAUUCAUUAGUUUCAAAAAUCAAACCGCCCACCGCACUCGGAGCUUCCCUGAAGCUUACCCCCUCAAAUUAUCCAGUUCUGAAACCGGCGACGCGACCAGCUCACAAACCCUCGCAUCACUCCACAUUAUCACUGCAGACUGUAAUAGGGACAACCACCUCGAACCCGAAUGGCUUCUCCUUCCACGAACCUACAAAAACAUUUGCGCUGUGUGCUGGCUCAGCAACGAUUCUGGCGGAGGUAGAUGGGGAUCUAAACGUCUCACAACGCUUCUUUCGUGCACGCCCUACCGCUGCACCCGUUAAUCCUGUGCAGUCAUUCUAUAAUACGUCGACACCCCCCACUACGCCAGACACGCGAACGAGGUCGUUUCAACCGGCGGGUAGACAACCGAAUAUCAAUGGAGCGCUCUACGCUAGCUCUCCAAACGCAGAAUGGGCUGAAACCAACGGCUCGCGAACAUGGAGUUCUCGAGAAAGGAUAAAGGCAGUCACUUGUGUCUCGAUAAGUCCGAAUGGCAGGUAUUUAGCUACCGGCUAUAGCCCACGAGUUUUGAUAUUCUCGACCGCCAAGGACUCUCCGCUAGAUACUCCUCUUUCGAUAAUGACUGAUCACUCGUUUGGCAUUCGUAGCCUUGCGUUCAGUCCCACUUCGCAGUAUUUGGCGACGCUGGGAGAUAUAAAUGAUGGGUUUCUGUUCAUCUGGGCGGUAAACUUGAAGAAUGGCGCUGCGAAACUGCAUUCGAUAAACAAAUGUACAUCCUUUGUCAGGGGCAUAUGCUGGAUGGGGAACAGUCUGGUCACUGUUGGAAUAAGGCAUGUCAAGGUCUGGCGACUGACAGACCCUACACCCACCUCUCCCUCGAAACAGCAACGAUUUACACUUGACUCUCCGGUGCCUGCUUCAUCUAGUACCUCGCCGAGAGCACUUGCCGGUAGAAACUGUCUUCUAGGUAGCUUGGGUGACACCACAUUCAACUGCAUCUCUAGCAUUUCAGACAAUCAAGCAAUUGUUUGUUCUGAUACUGGCAUGAUAUGUCUUCUCGAUGAUACUUCUGGAAGCCAGAAGUUACAUUUUAUCAAAAGCGUAUCCUUUGGCAUUAGCUCCAUUGCGGUGGAUCAUGAAUCGGGGACAGUUUGGCUAGGUGGUCGUGGCCGAAUAAUACAAAAAUCCUCAAUUGAAGAAUUGAAGUCAAUGGUUUCCCAAUCACCAACACACUCAGAUCACGACGAAGGAUACUCAUCCGGUCCGAAAACGAAAAGGCCAGCCAUCGUUGCCAUGGGAAUAUUUGCCACCCACAUCGUCACGGUAGAUUCCACUCGUGCUAUACGCGUUUGCCCUCUGGACUGUUUGGACCAGGAUAACGUUGAUACUCUGGCGGAAAUAUCAAUGCCCGCACAUCCGGACGCCGUGCUCGGUAUCGGAGUUCUUAAUACUCCUAAUAUGCAUGAAGCGGACUUUUUCACUUGGUCCUCUGGUGGAACAGUUAACUUCUGGAACCUACAGGGCAAAUGUCGUGCCACAAGGAAAGUUGAGCUAGAUCAGCUGCCCGGUAACGAUGAUGAUAAAAAUGAACUGAAAAUUGUACGAACCUCUGAGAAUAUGACUAUGUUUAUUUCGGGUGAUAAAUACGGCGUUAUAAGACUAAUCACCGGGAAGCUAUGGAAAUGUGCCACUGAAGUCAGAGCCCAUGGCGGUGAAGUUACAGACAUUGCAGUUCAGGAAAAUGCAAGUAUACACAUGGUUGCAACUUGCGGUCGAGACAGGAUGGUUCAGCUUUUUAGGACCACUGGAGAUUCUCUCGACUUAAUACAAACAAUGGAUGAGCACGUUGGCGCUGUUGGACGCCUCCUAUUACUGAAUGAUGGCGAAAAAUUACUCUCUUGUUCUGCCGAUCGUACCGUGAUUGUUCGCGAUCGCGUAACCCGAGAGGCCGACGGAGAUACCACUGUUGCUUUCAGCCUGUCGAAAAUCCUCACGCUCAAAGCCUCACCGGUGUCAAUGACGCUUCACCCCGAGAGCGCUGAUACUCUUAUCUUAUCCACUAUAGACAGGCAUAUUCACAGGUUCGAUCUUGCUUCUGGUAGACAAAUGCAUUCCUUUCGAGCCUCAGACCCAGAAACGAAUGAUACAGUCGUAGUGAGUUCCUUGACCAUAGACUCUGAGGUUCCUGAACAGAGCCCACCACUUCUUGUUGGCGUGUCAACAACGGAUAAAUCGAUUCGUGUUUAUGAUUUUGAAAAGGAUGUUCUCUUAACACGCGAGUUUGGUCACACCGAAGGCGUCAGUGACAUUGUUCUUAUCGAGGCAAAACUAACAGAUGCCAAAGAGAAGGGGAAAAGAACUUUGAUAAGUACCGGCCUUGACGGUAUAAUCAUGAUUUGGGACCUUUCCAUUCAACAGCAGCAACCAGUCCAAGAAAUCCAGCUAGUGGCACCUGUUCGUGCGGAGGAUGCCACCCCAGCAAAGGAACUGACAGCCGUAAAGCCGCCACUGCGUCGAAUUCUUUCAAAGACAGAGCUUGCCGGUUAUCAACGUCUCGACGCCUAUUCCUGUAGCCCCACCACUUCCAGAGAGCAGUCACCACCACGUAUCCGGAGAAAAUCAUCAAGAUUCACACUUAACCCAUCAAUAUCCAAGAGUGGAUACAGCACCCCUAUCGUUUCCACUCCUCCAUUCCCCCCACCUCGUCGAUCAAGCAUCAUGCUCUCUGACACCAAAAGCAGACGCUCCCCAUCUCCUCCUAGUCCAAAACCCCAUCCGUCCAAAAUCCUCGCAUCAAAACUCAGUAACAGCAGCCUACGUCACCCACCCCUCGAUUUCCGCUCCCGCAUAAAACCCAACGGCGGCACCCAAACCAACAAUGCCAACACCACACAUUCACCCUCACCAUCUCCUUCACAAUCCAGCGAAUUCGGGAGCCUCAACACGUCCACAGAACAAGUCUGCAGGACAUUGCGGGCCUAUCGGAAAAAGCUAAGCGGUUCCACGGACCAUCUACAUGCCGCUACAGAGCUGGAAAGGGAGCUGGAUCUCACAGUCCGUGCGCUUGGUGAGCGAUCGAAGCACAUCCAGGUUAACGAGAAUUCUCUACUGGAGAAUAUUAACCAUGGAAAGGCAGGUAGAGUCAAUGGAACUCCACUAGCUGUCAAGUCGCGGAAGCUGGCUCGACGGAUGCCAUCAACCCCAAAUCUGAGUCGGAGUAUCAAUGGUGGAAGCCUUUAUCGGACACAUUCUUUGGAUCCUGAUGGUGAAGGAUAG